CAACACAGAUAUAGAGAGAAUCUAUAUCUAGCUAAAGCUGCCCAUAUAGAGAGAGAAAAGUAGUGAGAGAAACGAAAUUCUGUGAGAGCACUGAGCACCCCCUCCCUCAUCAUCAUGGCGUUCUUGUUGCAGAGCAGAUCAUGAAACCCUAGCUCUUACUCUAUGCAAAAAAAAAACCGCAGCAUUUCCUCCAAGAAUCGACCGUCAUUCUUAUUUCUAUUUCAAGAAAACAAUUGGCUAUCGAAGUGAUCGAUCGUUCGAUCCAAAUUUUUCAUAUACUUCGAGUAGUUUUCGAAGAAGUACUUUUUUAGUUUCUAUUCGGCGGUCCGAAUCAGUUCUUGUUGGUUUCGAUUUGGAUUGUGGCAUUUGGUGUUGUGGUUUGGUUGAGAUUCGGGGUGGCUGAGUUUGAUAGAAUGAGAGAGCUUUCGGAAGGUUAUUAGUGGUGAUUUUUUUCCCCGAAAUUUGGAUAUGGAUGAUAGAGGUGGAUCAUUUGUGGCUGUACGGAGGAUUCCGCAAGGUCUUGAGAGAGGCACCACGACCACCACCUGCCAUUCAACUUCGGAGGUUGUGGCAGGAUCAGCAGCAUGGCUUGGCAGAGGCCUUUCAUGUGUCUGUGUUCAAGGAAGAGAGAAUGAUGCUCGUCCAUCAUUUGAUCUGACCCCAGCCCAGGAGGAAUGCUUACAAAGGCUACAAAGCCGUAUUGAUGUUGUAUAUGAUGGUUCAAUCCCUGAACAUCAGGAAGCUUUGAGGACAUUGUGGAAUGUUGCCUUUCCUGAAGAAGAACUUUGUGAUUUAAUAUCUGAACAGUGGAAGGAAAUGGGUUGGCAGGGAAAGGAUCCAUCCACAGAUUUUAGGGGUGGUGGUUUUAUAUCACUCGAGAAUUUGCUGUAUUUUGCUACGAAUUUUCCGAAAUCCUUCCAAGAUCUUCUGCGAAAGGAGGAAGGUGAUCGGUCCAUCUGGGAAUAUCCAUUUGCUGUUGCUGGUGUUAACAUCACAUUCAUGCUUAUUCAGAUGCUUGAUCUCGAAGCAGUAAAACCACGAACAAUGGUAGGAGCGACCUUCUUGAAGUUUCUUGCAGAAAAUGAAUCAGCAUUUGACCUUCUAUAUUGCAUCACAUUCAAGCUGAUGGACAAACAAUGGCUUGCCAUGCGCGCAUCUUACAUGGACUUCAAUACGGUGAUGAAAUCUACUCGUCGUCAACUGGAAAGGGAGCUUCUGCAAGAAGAUGUAAUACGGCUUGAAGAUUUGCCAUCAUACAGCCUUCUUAGUCGGUAA